AUGAUUUUUGUGAAUAUGAUCUUGCUGUUUUGUUUGUUGGCCACGUCUAUGGCCCAAAGGCUGUCAGAAGUGAAUGAUCCUAGCUACACUAGACGAGGUGGCGGGUACGGACUACUGAGACCGGGAUACAAUUCCGGUAGCGGUUAUGGAGGCUAUGGAAGCGGUUACGGAGGCUAUGGAAGUGGUUACGAUGGUUACGGAAGCGGAUACAACAGUGGUUACGGCGGUUAUCCCGGACAGUAUCCAGGUUACGGAAGUACAGGAGGCUACAACGGGUAUCCAGGAUAUGGUUCAGGAUACCAAGGAUACGGAGGCUAUCGUCCCGGAUACAACAGACCUGGAUAUGAUUAUCGUCCUGGAUACGACUACACAGGAUCAAGUUAUCCCGGUUAUAGACCAGGAUAUCAAUCUCGUCCCGGAUACGACCGGUAUCCCGGCUACAGCAGUAACUACGGAUACGAUGGAAUCGACAACUUCAGAACGUUAGCCCGAAGAGCGGGUGAAGUAAAAAAAGAUACAGCU